AGUAGAGCUGAGUGCUGUUUUCCUCCGGCGCUCUGACUCCUCUGCGAUGUUUACGUUUAUCCAACAACAUGGAGGACGAGGUGGACGUUGAUAUCGAGGGAGACGAGUUUGAUAGCAGUAUUAGUGAGCUGGAUGCAGGAGGUUUAGUCCAGGAGCAGUUCAUCCAGUCUGCGUGGAAGAGCAGCGCUGGGAUACUGCCAUGGGAGCUGGACAGCUCCAUCAGCCCAGAGAACAGAGAGGUGAUAGAGAGAAUGCUGCUGGAGGAACAAUACUACCUGACAGGUGAGGAGGUCCAUAAUCAUAUUUGGGAAAGUGAUGCUAACAACAAGCCAAAAGCGAAGAAGUCUCCAGCCAAAACCUCGGCCUCGGCCUCGGGCUCCUCUUCUCGUUGGUCCAAACACGAGAAAGAACUGUUUGAGGAAGGACUGGCUCAGUUUGGUCGAAGGUGGACUAAGAUUGCCAAGUUGAUUGGCAGCCGUUCUGUUCUUCAGGUCAAGAGCUAUGCCAGACAGUAUUUCAAACACAAGGCUAAAUCGGAACCCAGAGCUGCAGCUCUGUCUGCAGGUCCUGUGCUUCACUUGCAACCUCCUCAGCCCACCUCCAGUCAUGCAUCCACUCUGGCAAACACUGUCCGUAUAGAGAGGCUCUCUGAUGAAGAGGAUGAGGAGGUAGACAUCACUGAUGACCAGAGUGAUGACGGAGACGGUGAAGAAAAAACGCAGGCUUUGCUCAAAACUGAGUUCUGUGAGCCAGAGCAGCUAACAGGCACCGAGAUCCAGCCAGGCACUCCCCCAGAAGAGCAGAAAGAGGCCGGUCUGACUGAGACAAAGGACCAACCCAGCCACACCUCGCUAUCUCCACAAAGUCCUCAACCCUCGUCUUCCCGCCCUUGCUCAGAGAAGGCUGGCAUGACGGAGCUAAACGAGAAAGGCGAUGAGAGAGUAUCACCCCCUCCAAAAAAUCUUCAGGCAGGAGCUCAGACAGACUCGGAGCAAAUGACUGAUGAGAAUGAAGACCAGAGCUCCCGAUCUGAGAGCUCAGCACAGACUGGUCAACUGGAAGAGGCCUGUAGUGAUGGCACAGAUGCUGCUGAUAAGACUGAGCAGAGUCUAACUGAUAGACCAGAGGAAGACCAGGAGGAGGAGGAGGAAGAGGAUGAGGAAGAGGAGGAGCUUAAGGCCCCCGAGCAGGAAAUGGAGAUGGACAUGGAGACCAUCGCUGAGGAUGAGAAACAAGCUAUCCCAGAGUUCUUUGAGGGACGACCAUCCAAGACCCCAGGAAGAUACCUUAAGAUCCGAAACUACAUCCUGGAUCAGUGGUUGAAGAGCAAGCCCAAGUACCUGAACAAGACCUCAGUCCGCCCUGGACUGAAGAACUGCGGAGACGUCAACUGCAUUGGGAGAAUCCACACCUACCUGGAGCUCAUUGGAGCCAUCAACUUCAACUGCGAGCAAGCAGUCUAUAAUCGCCCGAAGGUGGUGGACCGUUCCAAGCAUAAAGAGGGCAAAGAUGUGCUUGAGGCCUACCAGCUCGCCCAGAGACUGCAGAGCAUGCGGACCAGGAAGCGCCGUGUGCGGGACUUGUGGGGAAAUUGGUGUGACGCUAAAGAUUUGGAGGGACAGACAUAUGAGCAUCUCAGUGCUGAGGAGCUGGCUCUGCGGAGAGAAGAGAUGAAGAAGCAGCCUAAACCCUGCAAGAUCUCCAGAUUCAGAGGGUCUUUUGAUCCCUUCCAGUUGAUUCCCUGCAGGUCUUUUGGAGAGGAUGUGCAGGAACCAUUCCAGGUUGUUGUGUGUGCAGAGACUCUUCUCAUAAUGGACAUGCAUGCCCACGUGUCACGGGGGGAAGUCAUCGGCCUGCUAGGCGGAACUUUCAGUGAGGAAGAGAAAGUAUUAAAGAUCCGUGCUGCAGAGCCAUGUAACAGUGUGAGUACAGGUUUGCAGUGCGAGAUGGACCCGGUGUCUCAGACACAGGCCUGUGAUGUGUUGUCGUCCCUGGGCUUCAGUGUGGUGGGCUGGUACCACUCACAUCCCUCCUUCCACCCCAACCCUUCAGUGCGGGACAUAAACACACAGGACCAGUUCCAGAGAUAUUUCUCGCGUGGCGGAGCCCCCUUCAUUGGGAUGAUAGUGAGCCCAUAUGACCCAGCCAAUCGCUCCCCCCACUCCCAAACUACCUGCUUGUUGGUGAAAGAGAGCCAGCAGCCUUCAGGCCCACAGAAGCUGCCCUACAGAUUCGACUUCCUGUCAUCACAAGACAUUCCAGACUGGGAACAGACGUUGAGGAGAGCUCAGUGGAUCAUCCACAAAUACUGUCAAACACCCGGGAGUGUGCAGAUGAACAGAUUUUUCCGGAAAGACUCCGAUCUCACCUGUCUGGAGAAGAUGCUGUCAUCUCUGGCCAAGUACCUGGAGCCCCUGCCAGAUGAGGAGGGAGACCCCUUCCUCACCCAGAUCCAGGCACUUUUCCAGUCAGACUUUAUUGCCAAGCAGCAACUGCCUGACCAGGAAGAGGGAGAAUCUUUAAAUAUCUCACCCAGACCAGUGGACUCAGACAACCCCGCUUUUGAUCAGCUGAUCAGUGAGGAGAGGCCCCAGGAGGGAGGAAGAGACUCUGAUCUGGAUUCUGGCGGAGCUUCAGACAGCAGUGUGCAGCCCACCACACAGAGCACAGACACAACCUCAGAGACAAACAGCAGCACAGUGUUACAUCUGGGCUCUGUGUUGUCGACUGAACAUGACUAUUUACUGUGAUGGACCAUAUAUCUGACUGUACUAUAUUACAGUAUAAAUGUUGAGGUUUUGUAUCCUGAUUACCAACUUACUCAUUUAGUUUGUGAACAUUGUAUUAUUUUAGUAAUGUCCUUUAAUCCAAAAAACCUAAUGAUUGACUCAGUGUGUGUGUGUGUGUGUGUGUGUGCGCGCGCGCGCACGCGCGUGUGAAAGAGAGAGAGAAUUUAACUUUCUCAGUUCUUCUGGGGAGGGGUUAAACAUGAAAAUAAAAAUCUGUUUUCAUA